AUGGCUCAAGAAACGAAGCCUGUGUCCGGUGCAGAAGAGAAGGAAUACAUGGGAUCCGGAGCCCGAGAUGACUCCUCCUCAACUGUGACGGAGGAUGCUCACCCGGAUGCAAAAGAGUCGGGAGCUCCGUCUAAAGAAACAGAAGUUGCACCACCGGACCAAAACGACGCAGAUAUCGAAGCAGCCACGGCCAUUACCAAAAUCCCAACACACAAAUCCACCACGAGCAACAAGUCGCACAGCAUCAUCAGCAAACUCUCCAAACGCAAAACCCGCGAGAAACUCCCUCCGCCCAUCCUCCCCACCACCGAUCUCUCAAAAGGCAUCAUAGGAUGGGACAGCCAGACGGACCCCGAAAUGCCACUCAACUUUUCGCCCUUUCGAAAAUGGCUGCUCGUGGCGCUCCUCUCCAUCAUCACGUUCAUGUCGCCGUUUGCGUCGUCCAUUCUCGCACCGGCACUGGGAUCCUUAGAAAAAGAAUACCACGAGACGGACAUCACCAAGGGAUCUAUGCCGGUGUCCAUCUUCGUGCUUGGCUACGCCGUUGGCCCGCUGUUUCUGUCGCCGCUGUCUGAGAUCUACGGCCGCAAUGUUAUCCUCAUUUCUGCAAAUGCCUUUUUCUGCGUGUGGCUGAUUGGGUGUGCGCUCGCCCCGUCGCUGGACCUGCUCAUCUUUUUUCGGUUCAUGUGUGGUAUUGGCGGGUCGGCGUGUACGACUAUCGGUGGUGCUUUGAUCGCGGAUAUGUUUCCUGUGAGUGAGCGAGGUCGUGCGAUGACGAUAUGGAUGCUGGGACCGAUGUUUGGCCCGACGUUGGGGCCUCUUGUGGGAGCGUUUGUCUCGCAGACCAUUGGGUGGCGGUGGGUGAAUUGGAUAUCCUUCAUCCCGGCGACGAGCACAGUUAUUGCCAUGGUGUUUAUCAACCGUGAGACGAAUCACCAGGUUCUUAUUGAGCGCAAGGUUCGAAAGCUGCGAGUCGAGUUGAAUCGUCCAGAGUUACAGAGCUGCUACUUCAAUCCAGAUGCUCCGCCAUUGACGAAGAACCAGAUUCUGAUGAAUGGACUUGUUCGCCCGUUCAAAAUGCUCUUUACUUCGGCAAUCAUCUUUAGCGUUUCGCUGUAUAUAGCCUUUGCGUAUGGCUGUCUCUAUCUCCUCUUCAAUACCAUCCCGCCCGUCUUCCAGGAUACGUACCACUUUUCCAUUGGCAUCACGGGGUUGGUCUAUCUCUCCCUGCUGGUAGGGUACAUGUUCGGCCUGGGUCUCUUUUACACGCUCUCCGACAAGACGGUCGUGCGAAUGACAAAGGCCAAUAAUGGGGUGUACGAGCCGGAGAUGCGGCUCCCGGAUUGUAUCUGGUUUGCGCUCGCUAUGCCUGUUACAUUCUUCUGGUUCGGGUGGUCUGCUGACAAGGCAGCACACUGGAUCGUUCCCAUUAUUGGUCUGGUUCCGUUUGGCUUUGGUAUUAUUGGUGUUUGGCUGCCCAUCCAGGCGUACAUUGUGGACGCGUAUCCGCAGUAUGCUGCAUCGGGACUCGCUGCGUUUUCGGUGUUGAGAAGUACGGUUGGUGCUUUCUUGCCGCUGGCUGGACCACAGAUGUUUAGGAGUCUGGGAGUUGGCUGGGGUGCCUCGGUGUUGGGGUUCAUUUCGAUAGCCUUGAUUCCGAUCCCGGCGUUGAUAUAUAGAUAUGGUGGGCGGAUGAGAAGGCGAUUCCCCCUGAAUUUGUAA